UGAAUACGGUCAAUAAGAAGGCUCUGAGAGAAAGACAGGGGAAGUUGGGGGUGAAGUAUUUGAGGUAGGCGCACCAACAUCUUGGUACGCCAUUCUAUGUGGAACUGCCAAUUCCUAUCCAAGUUGGUGAGCGUUGGCACAUUUGGAGCCAAGGGCGGAUUAUGCGCGCUUUGGUGGAGCGGAAUGUUCUCCCAAGCAGCCCCAAGCGCCGCCGAGCCUUGGUUAGGGCCGAUUCCCGAUUAUACCAGCGGCGCCCUCUUGUGUAGAGUCUUGAGGUCAACAGUAUUACGCGUUCGUCUCGCUGUUAAAGGUAAUAGCGACUGCGCGCUACGAGCACAACCUCGCUGAAUGAGUUGCUGUGGUCGUCCCAAGAUUCGUGCGAAGGCAGUCGACUGGCUGACAGCGGAAAAAACAAGAUAACGCGUGAAACAAUGACAAGAAAUGAAGAGACCAAGAGAAACCCAUAAUCUACCGAGAGACUAGAUCAU